UUGUUUUCUUUUACUUGUAGAAGGGAAAGAUGGCCGCCCUGGACGUGCAGGAGUUCAUUCAGCAAAACAGAGCCCUGGCCGAGCAGGUGGAGACGUUUCGCGGCAUCUCGGAGAGCGACAAACACUGGCAGGCCCGGAGAGAGUUCAUCCUGCGGAACAUCAGCGACUACGAAGAGCCGCAGCUCGACCAGCUGCUGGCUCUGUCCAUGGUCUGGGCCAACAACGUCUUCCUCGGCUGUCGAUACAGCACCGAGCUGCUGGAGAAAGUGAAGGAAAUGGCUGAAGGCAUCGUGGUGGAAGACGCACCGGUGUUCAUGACAAGAGAUGAGAUAGUGAAGAAGCAGCAGGGUCGAUGACCGGCUCAGGCCAGAUGGACUGCCUGUCUGUCUUCUCCUCUGGUUGGAUCGGAUCAAUUAUUGAAGAUUGAUUGGAGACUGAGGACUCCUGGGACUUUUUCAGCUGUUAUGUACAGGCUAUGCUUGUGAUGCAUCAGGCCAGAUUACUGUGGUUAUAUAACUGUGCUUUUUUUUUUUAACAAGUGAUGAGAUGAAAACGUAUUUUUACAUAUUUUUAUGUCAUUUUAUUGCGUGUUGAGACGGUGGGAAGACAGGAGAGAAAUAUACCAGAGGAUCCAGUCCCAGGACAAUAGGGGCUUCAGCGAUAUCUCUCUGGAUAUUUAUGAUUUUUUAAAAAAACCUUUUGGUGUAUAGUUUUAUACAACAUACUUUUGUACAGUAAAAAUAAUUGGCUGUGUUUUUGGUACAGUUUUGAAAGCAUUAAAAAAAGAAAAUGAGCCCAGAUUUUGUCCUGAUGGGGAAGCCCUGCCCCCUGUCUACUGGAGGCUAACUGCUAUAAAAAUUCUUUUUUUGUCUUUUUUUUUUUUUUUUUACAUUUAUGUCACCUUUGAGUAGCCUAAGAAAAAAAAAUUCAAUGUAUAAUUUGGUUCUCUUGUCAGUGCCACAUGAGCGUCAAAUAACUAGCAGCUGUGUUUUAAAAUGCAGUGGGUUCAAAAUUGAAUUUAGAUAUUGCUGUAAGCUGAAUUUGAGAGAUGUAUGUCACUGAAGAAAUUUCCAGCUAUCUGGUACUGGUUUUGAUAUAAACUUCUGUAUCAUUGAUUGAG